UGAUACAACAGUAAUUAAGAAUUCAUUUAGUUGAUCAAAUAAAGUUAUGAUAUUCAUUAUUUGAAUGUCUAGUCGUUCCCUAUAUAAUGCGGAUGAAAAUUUUUAAACCUACGCACUCAAUAAUACAAUACUCUUGAAAACCGUUUUAUUUAAUGUAAAGUGUAUUUUUCAAUCAAAAUGAAUUUUUUUAAUUCUUUGACUCUAAUUAUUGGUGCUUUAGUACUUAUUGAAGUAAGCUGUUAUGAUCCAAUGGUUAUUCGAAAAGGAGAUACAACAGAUUUAUCAGAAGGGUUUACUUUUGAGCGAUUUAAUUUUCUUACCGAAUUAAAUGUGAAUAAUGAACAUGUAAAUGAUAAGUUGAACUGGAAUUCAUGUUCAAACUAUACUGGAAUAAACUUUUUUUUUAAAUAAAACUGAAUCUGACGAUUGCUAUGGAGAAGUAAUAAAUUGUAGAGCCAUUCCCUUUGAUCCAAUACGACAGAAAAGGGAUAUUAACGAUAUUAUUCGGAAUUUUGGCAAACUAAUUACAAUACAACAUAAUGUGAAACCAAAUGUAACCUGUCAUUGUCUUUGUAAUCGGCGAUAUGAUCGUAAACCUCAUUCUUCAGUACGAGAAUUAUUGGACUCUAUUUGUUUGGAUGAAGUUUCAGCAGAUGUUAAAAACGGCUAUGUUCUAACUGGAGUACGAUUAAAUCGAUUGAAUAAUACAAUAGCAUUCGAAAUUCAAGAAGGCAAACUCAUGGACGGAAUCAUUCUUGGCGAUACACGUCGUUGGGUACGUGCAAAAAAAUGUAACAAUAUUGGAUUAAUGACUCCAUCAAAACGUACUUUAAUCUUGGAUGAUGUUAUUUUUUCUGGGAAUAUCGUUGUUACUGGUGUGGCUUUUAAAAGAUAUAGUAAUAUACCACACCAUGAGCGAAGAUAUCCCGAAUCUAUGGAAGUUAGAGAAAAAGAUCCAUUCUUUUUAUCAGUAAUUGGUCAUGGAUUAGAUAAUGAAGAGAAUUUAAUGGCAAAUAAUAGACUUGAAAUGAGCAUUUGGGAUUAUUCUCUUGCACAUAGAACUAAUCUGAUUAAUGAUGAAAUGGAUCCAUCAGUGGCCGUAAUGAUCCCUCAUAAAAACGAUGUUAUAAGUAAACCCAAAGAAAAUUACGUAACAUUCGAUUUGGCAAAACCUAACAAAGGUCUACGUCAAUUUGUCAUACCUUAUGUCGAUUCACAAAAAGUUACUGAUUUUAGUUAUCCUCAAUUUGUGAAAGGAAUUGGAUUGUAUUAUAAAGGAUUUCCCGGCUUCGGUGGAUAUGUUGCUCCUAGCAUUUUUGUUCCAUUACACUAAUUAUAUAAAAUGGAAUAUACA